UUUGUUAUUAAUAAGCGACAUCGCCGGUCUCCAUUUAUUUUUUCUGUUAGGGUUUCUCCAUCGAUCAUCGGCGGAGUCGAGCGAAGAGAUCGGCAUGGGGAGGAGACCGGCUAGGUGUUACCGUCAGAUCAAAGGGAAGCCUUACCCCAAAUCCAGGUACUGCCGUGGUGUUCCUGACCCUAAAAUCAGGAUCUACGAUGUCGGCAUGAAGAGGAAGGGUGUUGAUGAAUUCCCAUUCUGCGUCCACUUGGUGUCGUGGGAAAAGGAAAACGUGUCAAGCGAGGCACUUGAGGCUGCCCGUAUCGCCUGCAACAAGUACAUGGUCAAAUCUGCCGGAAAGGAUGCAUUCCAUCUCCGUGUUAGGGUUCACCCCUUCCACGUCCUUCGUAUCAACAAGAUGCUUUCGUGUGCCGGAGCUGAUAGGCUCCAGACUGGUAUGAGAGGUGCUUUCGGGAAACCUCAGGGAGUAUGUGCUAGAGUUGCCAUCGGGCAGGUUCUUCUUUCCGUUAGAUGCAAGGACAAUCACGGGCACCAUGCUCAGGAGGCUCUUCGUCGUGCUAAGUUCAAGUUUCCCGGCCGUCAAAAGAUCAUCGUUAGCAGGAAGUGGGGAUUCACCAAGUUUAGCCGUGCGGAUUACUUGAAGUUGAGGCAAGAGAAAAGGAUUGUUCCUGAUGGUGUCAAUGCUAAGUUUCUAUCAUGCCAUGGUCGGUUGUCGGCCCGUGAACCGGGGAGAGCGUUCUUGCCGGCCACCGCAUAGAUUGUUUGCUGUGGUGAAUUAUGGUAUGUAGAAGUAGAACGGAAUAUAUAUAUCCAAUUUCUUUUUUUUUAUUUGGCUGAACCUCUCUUUGUAGUGUUAUUAUAAAAGUCGGAAGUUGAAAUUUGACAAUAUCCUUUAUUGGAUUCUCAUAACGGAUCUACUCUUCGGCCCA